AAUGAGUACGUCGCCUCUCUGCAGGCUCGGGUGGCUCCUCUGACCGAGCAGUUCACGACUCAGUUCAACCAGGAGGUCGAGCAGCUGAGGGCUCGUCUGGAGAAAGACGUGAGCGCCUCCACCGCCAACGUCGAGGAGAUAGUGGCAAACAUCCAGAGGCAGAUGGAGGAGCUGAAGAAGGAGGCGACCCCCUACGCUCAGGCCAUGAACCCCGAGGCCCUGAAGGCCGCCCUGCUGACGAAGACCAACGAGCUGAAGGAGCAGCUGGAUAAGAGCACCACCGACCUGCAGGCCCAGAUGACCCCUUACACCGAGGAGAUGAGGCAGAAGAUGGAGCAGAGCGUGGAGGAGUUUCAGAGGAGCAUGAUCCCCCUGGCGCAGAGCUUUGAGACCGGGCUGGCCCAGAAAACCCAGGAGAUCCAGGAGAACCUGGCUCAGACAGGAGAGGAGCUGAAGGCCAAGCUGGACGCCACCGCUCAGGACCUGCAGGCUCAGCUGGCCGUCCUGUGGGAGUCUUUCAUCGCCAAGACCCAGUGAACACGACUCCUAUCAGCCUCCACACAACAAAUAUUUAUUUUAACAUCACCCAGUGUGUAUUUUACUAAAUAAAGAAUUUAACAAUCGA